AUGGUCCAACAUCCUGCCUCUUCCCCCUAUGUCUGUCAUAGGCACACAGAGCUCCGGCGGCUCUAUGAGCCCCUUUCCUUACUACACGCACUGCGAGAGCAAAUCCCAGAGCAUAGGCCGAUUGAGGUAAUUAAAGCUGGUGGGGUGGGGGAAAUCUUAAAUCGCCGCCGCGAUUUCCUUGACGCGCUCGUUGAACUUGCAGCGUUAAAACAGGGGUGUGACUUGGCUAUCACAGCGGGAUACGACCACGAUGGUGUGGUCAUCGCCGUCGCAGGAAAUCAGGACGUUAGUAACCUGGUUGUGCCGUUUCUGGAAAGGUUGCUGGGCAUGGUCACCAAUGCUCUCCCUGCGGGCUUAAAUACUACAACGGGGCAUAAAGAGUUUUCGAACAUCUCAAAUUAUGUGAUGCAAUGGCAAAAUGAUCAUAGCUUCGCAGUGUAUCACACUAUAUUCGGCCAUAUUGCGCCCAUUUGCAUACCGGUAAUGGCUGCUGGGGCCAAUGACCCGAAAGGCAUGACAAUGGUUUCCCUAUGGCUGGAUCCUAAGGAUAUUGCCCAUCGGAUGUUUUCUGUACAGCAACGCUUCAAGCAGCUCUGUCGAGGGUUGGAGCGAGUCGUGCCGGCUCCCAGCAGGCUCCUUGAACAGCUUCAAUACUAUCAAGGAAAUGUUUAUACCCAAAUUCAUCCGGAGCUUCGCCUUGUGGACUUUUUUGAUAAGAACAGUCGGCUGCGAUAUUUUGACAAUUAUGAUAGAUAUAUUGCAACUAGUAAGCCCUGUUGCUACUUGUGCAGCCAAUAUCUAUCGCAUCGCCUCAACUACCACAUCCGAAAAUGCGAUCCGAACGACAUUGACCUCCACUGGCGCUUGCCUGACAUCCAAGCUAUCGAACCCAGCACACAUCUUAUCGAACAGAGGGAGAUACUGCGCAAAAUCACGGAACGCCUUCGCAGAGAUGUGGAGAGGUUUGUAUUGGAUCGUUGCUCCGAGAGUAAUGAUUCAUCGGACGAUGAUACAUCAGAGUCAUUUAGCCUCUCAACUGAGACAACCAUGACAUGGGAGGAAGCAUCCUAUGGCGAAGCUAAUGAAUAUUCCCAUUCUUACAGAUUUUCAUCAGGCCCAGAAGGUGAUAAACAUCCUGGCUCUGGGCAAUGUGAUGGAAUGGAAAAUGAAGAUGAUGAUAAGGAGACUAUUGUUUUCAAGGGACGGAAGGCAGCAUCUUUCAAUGCCUGA